GAGGGAAGAGGUUGUGAGGACCGUAUCUUCUGGGACGCAUUUCACGUGGGAAGGCGCUCCACGCCUGGAACUGUCAGCAGCCGGCGCGUGGAGAGCUCCUGCUGCGGCCAGGCGCGGGGCCUCUGUCCUGGCAGCCUCAGGACCUAGUGGGUCAGGCGCUCACGCUGUUCCCACUGUACGACCUCAGUGCCUUGCCUGGCGCCUCCCGUCCUGUAACUGGCCGACUUGGGGUCCCACCCGGGCUUCUCCAGCGGCCGGGAAGGGGCUCUGCUUCCGGAAGUAUUAGGAAGGGAGGCAGCGUGUAGGAGGAGUCCCUUCUUCCGAGCAUCGCUAAAGCCUUUUCUCCCCUGGCAGCCGAUUUCCUUUUCUUUGGAAAGGACGUCAGUUUUUUAGCUUGUUGAAACUGUUCAGAGAUGCGGUCUUGUGGGCAAAUACAUGCCUGUUUAACUGAGCUGUUAUUUUCAGCUAAUAAGUUCUUCAAGUUUUUCAAGAUCUGGGAGGGGGUUUAGGCUCAAAUUAUGAUGGACCCAGUGUAGCAAAACAUUUAUUCAUUCCAACAAUUGUGCAUGCCCAUUCAGACUCAACUACCUGAGUGAGAUGAUGCCGUUCUGGGCUGCUUCGUUUUAGGGAGUCACUGUUUCUUCUGGCAACUUCUACCUGCCUUGGCUAUUGAGGUUUGUGAAUUGCACCUCUGGUUUAGUUUCAGGUCGAUGGCCAGGUGGUCUUCAUAAACUAUACUGCCUUGUGAUGUCUCCCUAGAAAUGAGAGGUCUCAGUACCAGCUCAGACCAUGUGGACCGCGGAUGAGAUUGCUCUGCUGUGCUAUGAGCACUAUGGCAUCAGGCUGCCCAAGAAGGGGAAGCCUGAGCCAAACCAUGAGUGGACAUUGUUGGCAGCUGUGGUGAAGAUACAAACUCCAGCUGACCAGGACUGCCACACCCCUGAUAAGCCGGCACAAGUGACAAAGGAAGUUGUCUCAAUGGGAACGGGAACAAAAUGCAUAGGCCAGUCCAAAAUGAGGAAGAGCGGAGACAUCCUCAAUGAUAGCCAUGCUGAGGUCAUAGCCAGAAGGAGUUUCCAAAGGUACCUUCUCCAUCAACUCCAGUUGGCAGCCACCCUGAAAGAGGAUAGCAUCUUUGUCCCAGGAACUCAAAAAGGACUAUGGAAACUCAGACGAGACCUCAUUUUCGUGUUUUUCUCCAGCCACACACCCUGUGGGGAUGCCUCCAUCAUUCCGAUGCUUGAGUUUGAAGAUCAGCCUUGUUGUCCUGUCAUCAGAGAUUGGGCCAGCAGCUCAUCAGUAGAAGCCAGCAGUAACCUGGAAGCUCCUGGAAAUGAAAGAAAAUGUGAAGACCCUGACAGUCCUAUAACCAAAAAGAUCAGGCUUGAGACUGUGACUGCGGCCAGGGAGGUCACCAAUGGAGCCGCUCACCAUCAGAGUUUUGGCAAGCAGGAAAGUGGCCCAAUCUCACCAGGCAUCAACAGCUGUAAUCUCACUGUAGAGGGACUGGCGGCUGUCACCAGAAUAGCCCCUGGUAGUGCCAAAGUGAUAGACGUUUAUAGAACUGGAGCCAAAUGUGUACCUGGAGAAGCUGGAGACUCCGGGAAGCCUGGUGCUGCGUUUCACCAGGUGGGGCUGCUCCGAGUGAAGCCAGGCCGUGGAGACAGAACGCGCUCCAUGUCCUGCAGUGACAAGAUGGCCCGAUGGAAUGUCCUCGGAUGCCAAGGGGCACUGUUGAUGCACUUCCUGGAAGAGCCUAUCUACCUGUCAGCUGUGGUCAUUGGGAAAUGCCCAUACAGCCAGGAAGCCAUGCAGAGAGCACUGACUGGAAGGUGUCAGAAUGUAUCUGCUUUACCAAAAGGCUUUGGAGUUCAAGAACUAAAAAUACUGCAGUCAGAUUUACUAUUUGAACAGAGCCGCUGUGCAGUACAGGCCAAAAGGGCUGACAGCCCAGGUCGACUUGUUCCUUGUGGGGCAGCCAUCAGCUGGAGUGCAGUUCCUGAGCAGCCUUUGGAUGUUACUGCCAAUGGCUUUCCACAGGGAACAACAAAGAAAACAAUUGGAAGUCUUCAGGCAAGAUCCCAAAUCAGCAAAGUGGAACUGUUUAGGUCAUUCCAGAAGCUGCUAAGCAGAAUUGCAAGGGACAAGUGGCCAGACUCCCUCAGGGUGCAGAAGCUGGAUACCUACCAAGAUUACAAGGAGGCUGCGUCCUCUUACCAGGAGGCCUGGAGCACACUCCGGAAGCAGGCGUUUGGAUCCUGGAUCAGAAACCCACCGGAUUAUCACCAGUUCAAGUGAGAAGGAAAUGUUUGCUCUGGUAGCAGGACCCUUCAUCCUGAACUGCCUUCCUUCACACAGGACAAGUCUUAGCUUUUUUGGUGGUUAAAUCAGGGAAUAUUCUUUCUGAGCACUGCAUCUCUGUUGUGUAAUACAGAUGGAAUCUGGAACUUAGAGCAGGUUAUACUUGAUUGAAGUAGCUCUCUGCUAAAAUGGCAUCUCACUAAUGCACUCGCUAUCUGACUUCCAUUGUGUUUUAUUGCUUCUCUAAAAUAUGAAAUCAGGGUUUGGAACAUGAUGCUUUAAAAGUACUCUACAGCAGCUCUGUUUUAUGGGUUCCUACAUUGAUUCAGCAAAUAUUUAUUGAGCUGAAAUGAUGUUUGACACUCUGCAAGUUUUACAGCUUUGCCUAGCAUAGCGAACAUACAUUUUGUACCCCCCAAAAAAACCCUAAGUGUAAAAAAAAAAAAAACAAAUUUAGACUUCAGAAUA